AUGGACCAUCCAGACGACUCUUUCCACCUGUUUCCCUCGCCUUUCGAGCCUGGGCUGGAUGUUCUGCCCUCCGCCGAGAGCAAUGACCCGGCAGCUUUUGACUACUUUGACGACCUCUUUGGCGGAGUCAACGACUCAAUGGACAUCUCUGGCAACCAGUUUGGUUCUGACAGCUUGGCCCUGGAUCAGCAUCGCGAUACUCUUCAACAUGAGUCUUUCAAUCUGCCGUCUUUCGUCCAGCCGGCGAACCUGGAUACGGCCGGCUUUGGCCCCAUCACCCAGACCUCAAGCGCAAACAGCAGCCAGCCACAGACACCAACGCUGCAGACCGCCUCGUCUACUCCCAAGGAAGCCUUGCCUCCCAAGAUUGGCACUCGCUUCUCCAAGGAAUCUCUGCGGAUACUUCGUAGUUGGUUGACGGCACAUGGCCGCCAUCCUUUCCCCACUGAUGAGGAGAGGGAGAGUCUUCAACGCCAAACCGGCCUCAGCAAGGUUCAAAUCCUCAAUUGGCUUGCCAAUGCUCGGCGCAGAGGCAAGAUUCCCGAAUACCAAGCAUCGCCUCGGACCCAGAGCCCCUCCGGGAAGCCGAUUGAUAUUCCGCAGCGGCCGGGCACGCCGGCAAUGAACCGGCAAGCUUCCCAGAUGAAUCCCCUGGAGCGAUGGUUUGAUUCUCCUCCAGAUUCCGAACCGGCCAACCCAAAUGCCAUUGCCCGAGCCAUGGCAUCUGGUGGACCGUUUGGGCUCGGAAACACUCCUGCGAUUGACAGCAACCCGUUGGAUGGCCUAAACAGUACACCCGGGAGCAGUAACGGGACGUCUGGUUCAAGUGAUGGCUCGGCCUACUCAUACGACAGCCAGAAUUCGGCCGGAUCAGUGAAACUGCCAAGACGGCACAGACUGCGACGCAAGACUCGUGCUGCUAAGAGACGGAAUGAUGCCAAAACCUCCUUGCAGGCUCCCCUGAACACUUUCCAGUGCACUUUUUGUACCGAAACAUUCAAGACGAAGCACAUCUGGCAGCGGCACGAGAAGUCCUUGCAUAUUGCCCUCGAGAAAUGGCUCUGCGCCCCCCAGGGGCCUCGAAUCGUCAAAGAGGAUGGUACAAUAUCUUGUGUCUACUGUGACCAAAUCAACCCAGACAACGCACACAUCGAAAGCCACAAUUUCACGGCCUGCCAGGAGAGAUCUGCUGCUGAGCGAACUUUCCACCGGAAGGACCACCUGGGUCAGCAUCUGCGACUGGUCCACAAUGUGAAGCCUGAACACCUGAACUGGCAGUUGAACGCGUGGAAGAUGGACAUCCCCGAAACCAGGUCCCGUUGCGGGUUUUGCGGCAUCGAGAUGGAUACCUGGUCCGCCAGAGUCGAUCACCUCGCAGAACACUUCAAGAUGGGCACCACUAUGGCCCAAUGGUCUGGGGGGUGGGGGUUUGAUCCUGAGGUCUCGAAUAGGAUAUCGUAUUCCAUGCCACCUUACAUGAUUGACCAUGAGCGCCACGCACCGUUCCCGUUCUCCGCCAGCAACGCGCCCCUUGAAUCGCCGCCGAAUGCUUUUGAAUUAAUCAAACUAGAAUUAAUGUACUAUAUCGAGAACCGUUACGAUUCCUCAGGGAGGCUCCCCAGCGCUGAAGAACUUCAUGUCGAAGCAUGUCGGAUCCUUUUUGCAGCCGAUCUACCACAUAUAAACGAGAACAAAAAUGCGGACCACGGCCCGCAUGAACCCGCAGAUUCGUGGCUGCGGGAUCUGAUCAUGUCUUCUGAUGCUAUCAUCCAAAAGGCAAGGCUCGCACCGUUGCGCAUCAAUUCAGAGUGCAGGCUCUCUUACACGGGAAUCAUAGGGAAGAACGAUAUUUUUGAGUCGUGUCCCCUAGAAGCACAGCUUAUCCAAUUCGUGCAAACCCAUGGUCAUGCGGCUAUAUCAGACACCGAACUUCAACAAGAAUCCUGCCAUAUUAUCAUGCGGAUGGAGAGGGAAUCCGUCUCCAUGAGUGAUAUCGCCACGACCUGGCUGAUUGAAAUGGUGAAGGCCUCCACGUUCUGGUUACUUCCCUUUCGUCAACGUACAUCUGCCCCAUCGCCUUCGCCAGAACCACCCAUUUCCACAGUCCCGGGAGUUGUGGGUUCGUCCAACCUCGAUGCUAUCCUUCAGAAGUACAAUAUCCUGGAGAAGAAUCUAGCAGAGCUCGUUCAAAAUCUCUUGGCGCAUGGGGUCCAUCCUGACGAUGCAAAUCUGCGACAGAUGUUCCUGGCAGCCAUCGACGAGUUCGACGAUGCGGAGUGGAAAGCAGUGGCAUCCAACAACGACGCCUGGAUGAGGCGGUUCAAGAGGAAACAUUUACCUUGGACAAAUUUACCUUGGACAGUAGGUGCUGUCGGCGACGUAUCUUUUGCCCUGGGAAACCCGCCCACGUCUAUUUCUCCCCACCCACCCGGGUCACAACAGCUGCGACAGGAUGAGAACAGUGGCAUCAACACCCCUGAUUCCGGGCGUACCAUCCAGCAUCCGAAACGAGGCUACUAUUUCCUGAACGAUCCCAGUUUCGAUCGCAUUGUCACUCGAGAGCUGGCACGAUUCGUAGCGGCAACCAUGUCACCGCAUAACCCUAACCAACACGUUCCAACUGAUGAGGAGUUACGACACCAGGCCAGGUGGAUCAUGUUCGAAGACGGCGACCCGUGGAACCUCACGACGGCCGACAGUGACGAGUGGCUACGGCGGUUCAAACGGGACGUGGGCAUACUCGACAACGGUCCCGGCCUCGGUACUGGCGAAUGGUACGGAGGCGAGCGAGAUAAGACAAGAUGA